UCCUUCACUCCUUUCUCCUCCUUCACACCGCACUCGCCCGCCAUGCCCGCUCAGCCGCCACAACUCGAUCUCUCCUCUCUGCGCUCCUACUCGCCCGAAUGGCCCGCCGCGCUUCGCUUUGCAGUCUGCAUCGCGACCAAAUACGCGGGACAACGAUUGGUUCAACGGGCGCGGGCCCUCACCACGUCACCAUCCAUCGCCCCUGACGCCAGCGAAGAGGGCGCCGACAUUGACGAGGAGGGCAACCCGAUCCCCGCGCACGCGGCGCACCCGCAGGCAGGCAGCGACUCUCGACGCAAGGCAAAGGAAUACGUAGCUGCGUGGGAGGACUUUUGUCAGAAGUUCCUCAGCGCUGUGUGUCAGCAUUUGGGAGUCGAGGAGGAGUCCCUCCCCUCUGGUGGGGAAAUCAGGCUCGAGGAUGUCGUUGAAGCGGGGCAAGGACGCGUUGUACAGGAUGACAAGGAAGAGGGGGAGCUACAGCUGCAACUUCUGCGCCGCGAGCAGGAUGCCGGGAUGGAGACGGGUAGCGUGUUUUGGCGGCAAUUCGCUGCGGAGGGGAGGAGUAAACGAUCCGACGCUGUGGAGGAGUUGAGGGAGGCGAAGAAGGAGGAGCAGAGGGAGGAAGAACAGGCGGCCGACGCCAAGAGCGCAGAGGAUGAGAUGGACGAGGCAUUCGAGGAAAAGGUGCAGGUUGAGGAGAAGCCGCAGCAGUCUGGUCGAGAAUCGCGUCGCCCCGUUCGCAGGGAGGGAGGAGCGCUCCAUUCGCCAGAGGGUCAGGGCAGAGAAUUCGAGGUGUUCAACGACCUCCUCCUCAUCGCCCUCGGCCUAGGCCAGUAUCGCUCCACCGACGGGGCGACGACCCUCUUCGAGCAAGAAGCCAUCUUCGACGACCCUAGCACGCUACCGUCGAGUAGCAGCAAGGACAGCCUGGCAGACAAGACCGAGGCGCAGGCGCAAGCGCAGACGCAAGAGCCCGAACCUAAACCAUCCGCCAACCCCGCAAACGACGCCGCCUCAGCGACCUGGUCCUCGAUUCGAGCAGGCGCGGCCUCCUCCUGGGCCUGGACAUCCAACUCGGCCAGUAAAGUGGGCAACGCCGUCUCCUCUCGCGUCAACGAGGAGCGCCGCGAAGAGCGUCGUGAGCGCAAAGCGCGCCAAGCCACGAAGCCCAACGAGGUAUGCCACUACGAUGCUCGCGCGCGCGCCAUGCUCUUUACCGUUGGUCUUGCGCUGGGCAUCGAGGGGAGGGAAGUGUGGGAUGCGGAGAAGGCCUUGGGACAGACGAUUCACUUUGUCAUGGAGGAGACGCGCAACGCCGCGAAGAAGCAGGGACAGAAGGAUCCAUUGCAGGAUCCCCUGCCCGACUCUGACUCUCAAUCGCAGGCGCAAGACGGUCGCACAGACUGGAUGAACGAGUCGGGCGCCGCAGCCGUGCAAGAAUCGCGCCGCUCCAACUGGCGCAAAUGGGCCGCAGCGUCAGGCGGCUUUGCACUAGGCGGGGUCAUCCUCGGCGUCACCGGCGGGCUAGCCGCUCCACUCGUAGUACCCGCCCUUGCCGGCCUUACGGGCAUAACCUUCCUCGCCACCUCCGGCGGAGUCAUCAUGCUCGGCGCACUCGUAGGCGUCACGGGGGGCGGUCUCGCGGGGUAUCGCGUGCAUCGUCGCCUUCGCGGAUUGGAGGGCUUUGAAUUCCGACCUGUGCAAACGGCAGCCCGUGAAGCGGGGAUCGCGGUGCCCUCCCUCCACGCUACGGUGUGCGUGAGUGGGCUCCUUCUACGAGAAGUGGAGCAGUGCGAUGCGUGGCGCGCUCCCUGGAGUCGGGUCAACGAGUCGCGCGACGUCUACGUGGUGAGCAGCGAGGCACCCAUAAUGGCCGAAGCGGGCCAGUCGUUGCGUCGCUACGUCGUGUCGGCCAUGACGAAGCAGGUGGGGCAAAAGGCCGCGACCGAGGUCGUGAAACGUACCGUGCUCGCGCCCGUGGCGGCUAUUACGCUUCCGCUCAGCAUUGCUGGGGCUAUGAGUGCGGGUUUGGACUCGCUGUUCGUUCGCGCAAAGAGCAAGGCGGUCAAACAGGGUCUGAUCCUCGCCGAGACUCUGCGCGCCGAAGUCCAAGGUCACCGCCCCGUAACGCUCAUCGGCGCCUCCCUUGGCUCAGUCGCCAUCCUCUCCUGCCUCACCUCGCUCGCGCAGGACGACCCUUCCUCCUCCUCCCACCUAAUCGACAGCGUCUACCUCAUCUGCUCCCCUUGCACCCCACCCACCUCGACCCUCCGCCGCGCCCGCUCCGUCGUGGCACGUCGCUUCGUCAAUGCGUACAGCUCCAAGCGCGGCGAUAUGGUGUGUGGGAUUGCGGCGUGGCUGGGCAUGGAGAUCAGUUUGCAGGACGUGCGAGAGGGCAAGGCGGGUCUGCCCCGCGUGCUAGGAAGUGGGGCGGUGCAGGGCGUGCCUGGGGUGGAGAACGUCGAUGCAGCUUCAGGCGGCGAAGUGGCAGAUGCGGUUCACCAGACUCUCCACUUUGCCCUCGACGGCCUGGAGGACGAUUGGGCCGCGCAAGGGGACGAUGGCGAGGAGCCGUGCGGGAGUGCCUUAGCCUCCGCUGUCGCCUCUUCAUCAUCAGCAGCUACACCAUCGCCGCCGCAUGUUCGACGGGGCUUCCUUCCCAACCCGAUCCCCUCGCACGCCCCCUCCCGCCCCUACAUCUCCUACCACCACUCCGACUCAACGACGCUGCACCUCCCUCACCCGGCGGCCGUGCCGAACCCACUGGAGAUCGAUCCUUGUGGCCCGCAGAAUCGCGAUGCGCAUGACGUGACGGCAAAAAUGUACCUGUCCCCGCUCGUUGGCGAGGACGAGGACGAGGGCGCAAUGGUCGAAGAAGCUCUUCAGCGAUUGCGAGAGAAUACCGGGCUCGUUACGGUGGACACGCUCAUACUCGCGUUUGAUGGGAUUAGCGGGAAAGGCGCGGAGGUGAGAAGGGAGGACGUUGAGCGGGUGAGGAGAUUGUGGAAGCACCUCUCCCCCUCACCCUUCAUCCAAUCCCUCGCAAUAGCAGACGUGGGCGUAUCCUUCCUCUCAGCCUUAUUCCCUCGCGACUCGCAACCAUCCCCACCUCGCAUCCCCUCCGCCUUUCGCCUUCCCCGCGUAAUCGCGCUGGGAAGCUCAUUGGCGGCGGAGGAAAAGGGAGAGGCAAAAGAGCUCAUGACGUGGGGUCGCACGUUUACGAGCGAGGGCGAGGACGAGGAGCCCUUUUUGGCGAUCUGGAGCCAUUCAGACCCGAAGACCAUCCUACCGGGCCCUGCGCUCCAAUCGCUCCUCAGCGAGUUCGCAGAACGACUUCCCCUGCCCUCCGCCGCGGCAUCGGGAUCGGGACCGGUCGAUGUCAAGACGUGGCAGCCCAAAUGGUGCCUGAGGGUGACGGUCAUCAAUCGUGAUCGAGGGCUGGUGAGCGGGAAGAGUUACUUGGUCAAGGCGGGGCCUCCGUGAGAAUGCGAGGGGGGCGAAUGAAAGACGGGGAAUACAAGAGAGAGAGAUUAGAUGCAGUGAUCCAUCGGUUUGAUUGUGGGAUCACGAGUGCUAGUGAUUGCGCUGAUCGCCUUGGUAUCCUCGCCGCCCACGCGCGCCUACUUCUCCUUCUUAGCCACCACCCCAUUCUCCCCCUCCUCUCCCCCCCGCACCGGCUUUCCCCUAAUCGCCCCCCUC